UUGUCACUCGCAGAUAAGAGAGCCAGGAAGUGUGUCUAAGCUAGAAGUGACGGACGGUGACGAACUAACAAGGGUUACAAGCGCUGACCAUCAUGUCGCUGCAGGGAGGUCCACUGUAGGAGAUGCGAGCGGCGUUGCGCCUGGCAGUAGUGGCUGUCCCUAUGGGUGUGCUGCUGUCCCGGACCAUGGCGUGGAUGUCCAGCGGCAAAACUCAUCCAGAACUCAUUAGCAGGCUGAGGGAUCAUGGGGUGAUCCGCGAUGACAGAGUGUUCAAUGCCAUGCUGGCAACUGACAGAGGGAUUUACUCCAGAGACUAUCCUUAUGCAGACUCUCCUCAGUCCAUAGGCUACAGGGCGACCAUCAGUGCACCACACAUGCAUGCUCAUGCUUUGGAGCUGUUAAGUGACAAACUAAUUGAAGGGGCCUCUGCACUGGAUGUAGGUUCAGGAAGUGGAUAUCUCACUGCAUGCUUUGCAAGAAUGACAGGACCCAGUGGUAGAGUGGUUGGCAUCGAACACAUUGAUGAACUGGUGCAAAUGUCGAUAAAAAAUGUGCAAGCUGACGAUGCAGAACUGCUCUCCUCUGGACGCAUCAGACUUGUAGUGGGAGAUGGAAGACUUGGCUUCCCAGAUGGAGCGCCAUAUGAUGCCAUUCAUGUGGGUGCAGCUGCAGCUACUGUUCCUAAGGCUGUAAGUACAUGUUUGGCUUUUACUCUUGUGAGAAUAGAAUUUACAGAAACAGAAUAAUGUUCAAACAAUGGG